AUGUUGACAGCCAAAAAUGUUGCUAAAGAACAAGGUCUUGCUGAUGGUUAUCGAAUUGUUGUUAAUAAUGGACGUAAUGGAUGUCAAAGCGUGUUCCACCUUCAUCUUCACGUUUUGGGUGGACGCCAAUUGGGAUGGCCACCGGGCUGAUUUUGACAAAAAUUUGAUGAUAGGGAUAUUUAAGUUAUUCUCGAAGAAUUUUCUAUU